CUGCCCCCCUUCCCGUAACCCGUCCCCCAGGCAACGCGGCGGGCCUUUCAGUGGGGGACAAAAGCCCCCCCCCAGGACAGCCCCCCGGGCUCUCGGGCUCUGCCAGCGGGGGGGUGGCCCCUGUUGCCCAGGGAGAUGGGUGCGGGAGGCUGGCUCAGCACCCCUAUAAGAGUCCGGGCCAGCCGCGAGGGGCGGCCAGAAGCGACCCAACCAGCCCCCUGGACACCCCAAGGGUUGCGGCAGCCCACCCGCUCCGGCCCCCAAGAGAAGGCCCUUUUCGGAGAAGGAUGAAGCUCAGCGCGUCCCCCUUCCUCUUCCUGGCCCUCCUGCCUCUGGCCUUCCAGACGCCGGUCCGCUCGCCCCAGGCCUGGCUGGAGAUCCUGGGAGAAGACCUGGCUGCUCUGCUCUCCAGCACCAAAGGGGGCCACCCUCUCCUCCCCCAGGACUCCUGGUCCCAGUUCCUAAGUGCUGGGCAGCGCCCCCUCUGGGACCUCUCCAGCCCCCCAACACCCUCCCAGAAACGUGCCUGGGCCCGCUUCCUCAAUGACUUCGUGAACACCCAGAAGACAUUUCGGGGGCGGAACAAGAAAAUGGCCCAGCAAGGCUGCUUUGGGAUCAAGCUCGACAGAAUCGGGACCUUCAGUGGCCUUGGGUGCUAGUGGUUUUGUGUCUAUGACGAAGCCCCAACGGGGGCCGAAUGACCCCGCCGUGACAAAAGCACUCGUGUGCUUGCAAAACCACCCGCCGGCGCUUCUGGGUGAUCUGCCUCUGUUUCUCGCUUGGAACAAGCAAGGCCCUCCGGGCUGGUCCUGCUCAUCGUCACUCUCCAGGCUCUGCAGUUUAUGCAUAAGACCAUGGGACGUCCCUCAGCCCGGCCCACACAUUUUGGCCCGCGGUGCCAUCUGGGGGACGAAUGCUUGUGAUGUCUGACAACAUCUGCACCCCAAUAGAUGAAAAACAGAAUACAGCAUUGCAAGCCUC